AUGGCCAUGCAGUUCAACGCCGAGCCUGCCGUCCAGGACCCUCGUUUUGCUCCCAACACUGCUACUGACAACUCCUCUACACAACCCCCAGACGAUGAUCCUUCUGCCAUGUCCGCCGCUCGAGAGCACGUCGAUAUCGACAAGCAGUGCGGCGUUCCUCAGUUCAACGGUGUCCCGUGUCCUGCUCCUCUCGCUUGCCAGUCACAUACUAUCAAAGACAAGUAUGGCGUCCCUGGCAGGACCGCUCCAUUAGAACAUCUCAUCGCUCGCCAGCAGCAGGAGAUGGCCCAGCUUCCUAAGCAGUGA